AUGACUUCUUCCCUUCCUCAACAUUCUUCCUCUUCCACCACCACCACCACCACCAACAACAACAACAACAACAACACGAACCCCCCGUCCUCCAUUCUCAUUGUUGGCUCGGGUCUCUUUGGCCUCUCCACAGCCUAUGCUCUCACUCGUCGCCAUGAGUUCAUCAACACCUCCAUAACUGUCAUUGACAGGUCCGACCCCUCCUCUCAGUCUACAUUCCCAUCCCCCGAUGCCGCGUCCAUUGACACAAGCCGCAUUGUCAGGGCAGACUACGCCGACCACGCGUAUGCCACUCUGUGUGAUGAAGCUCAGCUGAUAUGGCGCCAACAAGACAAGCCCACAGAUCUCGGCGCCCAGGGCCGUUACCACGAAACAGGUCUCCUCGUCGUCGGCGAUGCCACCUCUGCCGCGCCAGUCGCGGACCCUCCCGUAGAGGGUGGCGCGAGUGAGUCUUCCCACAAGAAGCUAACCGGCAUGGAUUAUGCCCGCAAGAGCUGGGAGAACGUUUCAUCUCUGGCCUCUCGUGACCCAAUGCUCGCCGAGCGCAUCCGAGAGCUCCCGAACGCCGACGCGAUCUGCGAGGUUCUCGGGACCGGUGGCAGCUCUGGAGCUUGGGGAUAUAUCAACUACAACAGCGGCUGGACAGACGCCGGCGCGUCGAUGGCAUGGCUCUACGAGCAAGUCAGACAGACCGGACGCGUCAACUUCAUUGCUGGCACAGUGGAGUCUCUGGAGCACGAUGACACCGGUGUGACAGGAGUGAGGCUACAAGACCAACGCAUCUUGACCGCGGACCUGGUCAUGGUGGCAGCAGGGGCAUGGACAGGAAGCUUUGUCGACCUUGACGGCCAGGCUGUCGCCACGGGCCAAGUCUUGGGGUACCUCAACAUCACCGAAGAGGAGCAAGAGAUCCUCGGCAAGAUGCCCGUCAUCCUCAACCUCUCCAGUGGUCUCUUCAUCAUUCCACCAACCAACCGGGUCCUCAAGGUAGCUCGCCAUGCCUACGGUUAUACCAACCCACGAACUGUACAUUUCCCUCCCCUUCCCGUCUCGCCAACUGCCACAAGCAACUGCCUCGUCUCGAUCCCCCGGACAUCGUUGCAUGACCCCGACCUCGUCAUCCCAGCAGAGGGGGAAGCCGACCUUCGCGCUGCUCUCCGAGAGAUGACGCCGCUGCCUGGGUUGGUAGACCGUCCCUUCACCAAAACGAGACUAUGCUGGUAUUCUGAUACCCGGACGGCCGACUUCCUCAUCGACUACCAUCCUCACUGGAAGAAUCUCUUUGUCGCGACAGGAGACAGUGGCCACGCCUUCAAGUUCCUCCCCGUCAUUGGCGAUAAGAUUGUGGACUGCAUCCAGCGAAACUGUCCACCCGAGUUCAAGGAAAAGUGGGCUUGGAAGGAAGGGGAGGGAGCCAACGCAUUGUUUACAGAGGACGGCAGCAGAGGGGGAAAGCCUGGGCUGAUUCUGGAAGAGGAGCUCCUCAAGGCUCUGUCUGUGUGA